GUCAGCUGUGCAAAGUAACUAGAUUACAAAAGAAAUUCCAGUUUCUGCGCUAAAUUAGCUUUGAUUCGAACAGCAAAAAAUAUAUAUUUAUUCAACGCGGUCCGAUUUUAACAUAAUCUAAAGCGCGAAAGUUAAGGAUUUGCAUAACCUGAAGAAGCGGCAGCUGAGCUGAGUUUGCUGAUUAUAUAAUUGCAGUGUAUUUUGAUUGAACAAAGACAACUCUCACAAUGACGGGUUACAACAAUUCCAAUGGCAGCGAAGUGACCACCAGCAAGGGAAAUGGACACAGCAAUGGCCACAGCAAUGGAAACAAGUCGGCCGAUUACACCGCCCAGGAGAAUCCCACAAUGUGCUCGAAGGACUGUUGCUCCGGACAAGGUGGCUCCAAGCCAGGGAACACCUGUGCGCCCAAGAAGGCCGCCACUACCAACAGUGAUGAGAAGGUCAUACCCACGCCACAGUCUCUGCUCAAAAGUAAUGGCAAAAUCCAGUGCGAUCUAACGCCCGAAGAGAUGAGGGCAUUGAAGGUUCUCAACGAAGACACGUACCCCUAUGAGGUCAUCCAGGAGAUUGCCGAUUUCAUCACCAAGGGAGCCGGCGUACGCCCCAAGAUCGGUAUUAUCUGCGGAUCUGGCCUCGGUUCACUGGCCGAUAUUAUCCAGGAUGCAAGGAUCUUCGAGUAUGAGAAGAUCCCCAAUUUCCCGGUGUCCACCGUGGAGGGACAUGCCGGCAAGUUGGUGGUCGGUACUCUGGAGGGUGCCACUGUGAUGGCCAUGCAGGGUCGAUUCCACUUCUACGAGGGUUAUCCCCUGGCCAAAUGCUCGAUGCCGGUGCGUGUGAUGAAGUUGUGUGGCGUGGAGUACCUGUUCGCCACAAAUGCGGCGGGUGGCAUCAAUCCGAGAUAUGCCGUGGGCGACAUUAUGCUGAUGCACGACCACGUCAAUAUGCUCGGCUUUGCCGGAAACUCACCGCUCCAGGGACCCAACGAUCCACGUUUUGGACCACGCUUCCCAGCUCUGACCAACUCGUACAACAAGGAUUUGAUCAACAAGGCCAUCGAGAUCGGCAAGGCCAUGGGCAUCGAGUCGAAUGUCCAUGUCGGCGUCUAUUCCUGCCUGGGCGGACCCAACUACGAGACCAUUGCCGAGCUGAAGGCGCUGCGCAUGAUGGGCGUGGACGCGGUGGGCAUGUCCACCGUCCACGAGGUGAUCACUGCCCGGCACUGCGACAUGAAGGUGUUCGCCUUCAGCCUGAUCACGAAUAAGUGUGCCACGGAGUACAGCGACAAGAAGGACGAAGAGGCCAACCACGAUGAGGUUAUGGCCGUGGCAAAGAAUAGGCAGAAAGCCUGCUGCGAACUGGUUUCCCGACUCAUCCGGGAGAUCCACACGGCGUCCGCAUAGACGGCGAAUGAGGGGAAUAGCGUUGGAUUCUGAACUUUAACUAAAAUUUACAGUAUAAGGCUAGGGAAUAGUUUAACUAAAUUAUGUUAAAUAAAAUAAAAGAAAGAAAACAA